CAACGAAAACGCACCAUAUUAAUUAACGCAAUUUGACCGUUGGCUUCAGAAACUUGUCGUCGCCGAUAUAAUUCUUUCUUUCUGCAAAUAAAGAAGAGGAUUGAGGGGAAAAUGGCCAGUCGAGAGCAAAUGCCGACUCGAGCACGUUCACGAUCAAGAGGCAGAGCACGUGGCCAGGAUCCUGUUGCACCAGGGACUCUGGCACGAGAACCUGCACCAGAAGUUGCAGUAAAAGAAGAAGGUGGGCUUGUUGGUCGAGGGAGGCAGAAACAAAGUCUGGCACCAUUUUCUGGAAAAGCUGUUAUGGAGAUCUCAGCUGGAUUUCAACAAGUGAAGAUAGGAGAGAGAGGUGGACGCAGAGGAGAUUUCCAUGAUGUCGGUAUUAACACCAGGCAGACGAUGGAGCAUGUGAAAGCUUCAAAGUCAGGAACAAGUGGCGCUGCUCUUCAGUUGUCAGCCAACUUCUUUCGCAUCGUGUCCCGCCCUCAGUGGGUUCUGUACCAAUACCAUGUGGACUUCAAUCCACCAAUGGAAUCCCGUCGCCUUCGGUCAGCCCUCCUAUUCCAGCAUGUGCAAGUCCUGGGCUCUGCUCACUGCUUCGAUGGAGCAAUACUGUUUAUGCCUCAGAGACUUCAUGACAAGGCAACUGAGCUGCAGAGUAAGACGAAGAAUGGAGAGGAUGUGCGGAUAACUGUCAUCCUGACUAAUGAACUGCCUCCAACGUCACCAGUGUGCCUCCAGUUUUACAACAUUAUUUUCAGAAGGAUUUUGAGAAUCCUUGGCAUGCAACAGAUUGGACGCAAUUAUUACAAUGCCAAAGAUCCGCUCAACAUUCCGCAGCACAGGCUGACUAUAUGGCCAGGCUAUACCUCAGCCAUCUUGCAGUUUGAGUCAUCCAUCAUGCUGUGCACCGAUGUGAGCCACAAGGUGCUGCGUAGUGAAACUGUUCUCAACUUUAUGGAGAACCUGAGGCAGAAGUGUGGACCACAUAACUUCAGUGAUAUCUGUGCUAAGGAACUUGUUGGACUCAUUAUUCUCACAAAAUACAACAACAAAACCUACAGGAUUGAUGACAUUGCUUGGGAUCAAACACCCUCCAACACAUUCAAGAGAGGCGAGGCAGAUGUCUCCUUCACCGACUACUACAAAAAUCAAUAUGGCCUGGAAAUCGCUGAUCGCAAUCAAGUUCUCCUGGUCAGCCACGUGAAGAGAGUAGCUCAAGGUCAAACUCCUGCUGGACCAGCUCUGCUCAUCCCAGAACUGUGCUACCUUACAGGCUUGACUGACAAGAUGCGAGCAGACUACACCAUCAUGAAGGACCUCAGUAUGCACACCAAACUCGCCCCCGAACAGAGGGUAGGACGCCUUCUCAGAUUUUCUGCCGCCAUAAACAAGGAUACUGAAGCACAGGCAGAGUUGCAGAAGUGGGGACUCCAAUUUGACAAGGAGCUCCUGAACCUGACCGGCAGAGUCCUCCCACCAGAGAGGAUUUUCCAGCAAUCAAGAUCGUAUGGUUACAACCCCCGGACAGCUGAGUGGGCCAAAGAGAUGCGUGGGUUGCCUGUGAUUUACUCUCCUCCUCUGCAAAACUGGCUGCUGCUUUAUACUCGACGGAACAGCAGAGAAGCUCAAAGCCUCCUGGAGACUCUGUACAAAGUUGCAGCACCACUUGGGAUCUCCUUACAAAAAGCUCAAGUGAUUGAGUAUGAAGAUCAGCAGGAGUCUCUGCUGAGGGCCCUGCAGCACAAUGUCAGAACUGAGACACAGAUGGUGGUGGUGGUCCUCACCAGCAACAGGAAGGACAAAUAUGAUGGCGUUAAGAAAUACCUGUGUGUGGCUUGCCCCACUCCCAGCCAGUGUGUUGUGGCCCGCACCAUCAGCCGACCUCAAGCCCUCAUGACUAUUGCGACCAAGAUUGUUCUGCAGAUGGCCUGCAAGAUUGGCGGAGAGCUAUGGAGUGUUGAAAUACCUCUGAAGCAGCUGAUGAUUGUGGGUAUCGAUUGCUACCACGAUACUGCUGCUGGGAAAAGGUCCAUUGGUGCUCUGGUGGCCAGCCUCAAUCAGAACAUGAGCAGAUGGUACUCAAAGGUCAAACUGCAAACCAGAGGUCAGGAAAUUAUGGAUGGACUGAAGAUGGCUUUUGCUGGCGCUCUCAAAGACUACUACAAAUUCAACAAAUGCUUUCCGUCCCGCAUCGUUGUGUACCGUGAUGGAGUGGGUGACGGCCAGCUGCACAAUGUGGUCAACUACGAGGUGGCCCAGAUCAUGGACUCUGUCAAGUCCAUGGGCGAAGAGUACAUGCCCAAGUUGAGCAUGGUGGUGGUGAAAAAGCGCAUCAACUGCAGGCUCUUUGAGCACAGCAGUGGAAAGGUCUUAAACCCCCCACCAGGGACAGUGGUCGACACAGGGGUCACUCGUCCGGAGUGGUACGACUUCUACAUUGUGAGCCAGGCAGUCAACUUUGGAAGUGUCUCUCCUACCCACUACAAUGUUGUGUAUGACACCAGUGGACUGAAACCGGACCAUAUGCAGCGGCUCACCUACAAGCUGUGCCACAUGUACUACAACUGGCAGGGGAUCAUCGCAGUCCCUGCCCCUUGUCAGUAUGCCCACAAGUUGGCCUUCCUUGUUGGUCAAAGUCUCCACAGGGAACCCAAUAUGGAGCUGGAUGACCUCCUCUUUUAUCUGUAGGGAGGAAGCAUGCCUGUAUGUUCAUGUGUUGUGCAAAUUGGAUGCUAUCUGCACCCUUGAGAGGCUGUUCAAAUCAACACCCUUGUACUUAUUUCCUCACACACACACACA